AUGGCUUCUCACUGCCGGUGCGAUAAUUUUGCUUGGUGUUUCAUUGCCUAUUUUCUAUUUACUUUACAGAUUAAAUAUCAGUUUCAAUUACAGGUGUUGUAUGUGUUGUUGUUCAAGUUCGUCAAGAAAGGAGAAUACAGACUCACGCUACGACGGGUGCAAGCGGAAUUCGCUGAAUGUAUUUAUGGCGUUACUGGUUUUAUUAGACGUAACUCCCACAGGCGAUAUUUUCUCGGAACUUUUAGGUUCGCUGCGGCAACGUUACUGAUCACGGGUCAGUAUGCUCAAAUGGGGCUAGAACAAUUGCCGAAUCGCUUGAACUACUGCAUCGACGACUUGAAUCUUUAUAAACGUGACACUGAUACUAGGAUACGAAAGUUACUGAUUGACGACUACCAAAUGUUCAAUCGUACGAUGACGUCACAGCUAUCAAAUGCCGGGCAUGAGAUUGUUCAAAGAGUAAAAAAACUCACCGGUGCGAACACAGUAGAUGCGCUCAUGAAUAUUAGCAAAAAUGCGGAAGAAAUCGAUCAGAUGAUGAGGGAUUCACGUGUACAAAUAGAUAAAAUCGUCGAUACUUACUCGAAGUUCAAAUGGAAUUUUUGUGCGCGUUCAAUCGGUGAACGUAAUUGUUUUGCGAAGUUUAUCAGAGGUGUUAUUGCUCAGUGA